ACACACACACACACACACACACACACACACACACACACACACACACACCUGACCCCGCCCCUCCGGACCGGCCCCACUGCAGCAGCGAGCGAACUGUCCGGGAACUUCCCCUCACUUUGUUCCAGAGCGGAGCGGGACGCACCAAGACCGGGACCAGGAGCAGCUCGACCCGGCUCAGCCCGUCCUCAGACCCUCUUCUCUUCUCAGCACGGAUCAAGACCGGAUUGUUUUUAAUGGUUCUCAAGGACUAAUAAGGACCCGAGGAGACCCGGACUCACGGCGUGGAGACGCUUUCUGUGGACACGCGCACAGACUGACUGAUGUAUGGAUUGAUUGAUUGAUUGAUUGGUUGGUUGACUGGCGGGUCAUGUGUCGGACUGUGUAGAGUUUCAUCAUGGAUCCUCCUCUGCUGACGGCGAUGACGGUGAUGAUGAUGAUGAUGAUGAUGAUGGUGGUGAUGAAGGUGAGCGGAGCCUCUGUGAGGCCGCAGAUGUGUGGCAGCAGCAGAGUGACGGAGACCAGACAGAAACGCUACGCCAUCAACCCCGUCGGACACAAGUGGACGCACCACAACCUCACAUACAGGAUCAUAAAGUUUCCUAACACUCUGAACAUGGAGGACACGAGGAAGGCCAUCAGCAUCGCUUUCACAAAGUGGAGUGAUGUGUCUCCUCUCAGCUUCACUGAGGUCACCGACGGCAAUGCCACCACUGACAUCACUAUCGGCUUCUACACCUUUAACCACACUGACUGCUGGUGGUCACCCCUCCACCCGUGUUUCGACGGGCUGAAUGGUGAGCUGGCUCACGCCUUCCUGCCACCACGAGGAGAAAUCCACUUUGACAACCACGAGUUCUGGAUCCUUGGGAAGUCCCGGUUCAGCUGGAAACAAGGUGUGUGGCUGAAUGACCUGGUCCAGGUGGCAGCUCAUGAGAUCGGCCACGCUCUCGGUCUGUGGCACUCCAGAGAUCCUCAGGCUCUGAUGCAUCCCAACGCCACGUACACAGGACAGAGGAACAUCGCCCAGGACGACGUGUGGGGCAUCCAGAGGCUCUACGGCUGUGUAGAUAAGAAGCGAGUUUGUGACCCGUGGGCUCGACUUGGCUUCUGUGAGCGGAGGAAGACCUUCAUGAAGAAGAACUGUCCUCAGCGCUGUGACUUCUGCUACGAGCCUCUGGAAGAAAUUACCACGCCAACGCCACCACCUGCCAACGUCAAGAUCAAGAUGGUUCCCAGGGGGAAGGUGGUGGGAUUCCGCUGUGGAACCAAAAACCCUCGCUCACCGCCAAAAGUCAGCUGGUACAAAGAUGGCGAGCAGAUCCUGACCUCCAUCCCUGGCUACAUAGUCAUGAAGGACCGAGACCUUCGCAUCGUUGCCAACGAGUUCAACGAGGGCGUUUAUACCUGCCGCGUUCAUCGAAGGGGAGACAUCGUGUCCGCCAACUCCUGGGCCAUCCGACUUAAACCAGAGGAGCCGUCCAACAGUUAAGGACGUCAGCCAGAAUGGAGGACAAUACCUCAUUCAACUGUCACUGUAAUUUUCAAAUGGUUCAGAAGCUCUGGGACCUGACUAAAAACUCAUGGCAGCUCUGUGGUAACAACAUGACCUCUUCUCAUCGUAAUCCUCCUGGCAGGUUGUCAGGUUCCCCUCAGUACAUCAGAUUAUAAUCCUGGCAAUUAUCCCAGGAUGUGUUGUGUACCUGUAAUCAUCUCAGCAGGAUUGCUGUUGGGAUAUUAUGUGCCCCUAAUUCUGUAGGAAGUCUUGUACCCGUAGUCCUGUUGGACGUUGAAUACCCUUAAUCCUGUCGGACGUUCUGUACCCAUAAUCCAGAAGGAUGUAAGGUAUCUGUAAACGCCAGGAUGUUUUGUAGCUGUAAUGUUGUGGUAGAAAAUCUUGUGUCUGUAAUCUGCAGAGGUGAUGUUGUUGUUACUGUCCUGAUCAGAUUACUGGUGCUCAUAUUCCUACAGGAUGUUCUGAACUGUUGCUGAAGGAAUGAAGUCAUGUGUAUGUAAUCUGUAAUCUAUAAUUGAUGAGUCCAACAUUAAUACAGUUUCUCUUGAUAUUAUUGGACUGAGUUGAUCAAUGUGUCCAGGAAGACAUUUUUAUUGAUUUAUUUAUGUUCACAUCAAACUGCGUAAAAAUGAAAUGAACAUCAUGUUUGAAUUGAAACACCAACAGAACAAAAUCAAGUUUAUAUUCUGACAAACUCAGCUGUGUUUAUUGUAGCCUGUAGAACUGAUAUAUGACCCUCUUAUAGCUGACUGCAAUUAAUGAAAUAGUUGAUUAGCAAAGACAGUAGUGGCCACUGUCGGUACUACAUGUCAUGUGAUGACUGUAAAACAAUGAAGAGUGUUUUCUGAGCAUCACGUCCAGUACUGUCAGAACUGAUGACAGUUUAUAGAUGUAAAAUAAAUAUUUCCAUGCCACUGAUCCAUCAGAUGGUCAGAGGAGGAAGUCAUCGUGAAAUAGAACCCCAGUAACAACAGACUGAUCAGAAUCUGGCCCAAGAUGUUCUGUGAUGGACUGUGAGGAUUUCCAGAUUUCUGUUCUUCUCACUGUGAUCACGUUACAGCCUGAGACUAACUGAGCCGAGUGUCUGAUGAUGGACACCAUCACUGUUCAUCACACUCAUCUGACUAUCAUCAGAAGUUUUCAGAGUCUGAUUGGACGAUCCAGUAUUCCACGUGAUUCACCCACAAUGCAUUGCUGUAUUUUCAUCCUGAUGUCUUAAACUUUGAGUUUACAUACAAUAAAAGCUGUUUUA